AUGGUGGAUAAUAACCUCUCCCCCUCGUCUUUCUCUUCAAACUUCAAAAAUGAGUACUUAGAAAACAUAGUCUCUCAUACCACCACCACCAACAACAAUGAAACAUUGUUGAUGCCACCGACAUCAUCUGCACAAACCUUCUCUAAUGGGUAUACGGAUCUCCCUCAAGAUCCAAGGGAGGAAACUACCAAAUCCUCUUCCAAAAAACGUAAGGGUAGACCCCAGGGUUCUAGGAAUAAACCUAAAUCACGCAUCAUUAUCAAGGAAAACAGAGAAGCUCUCACAGAAGUGGUUACGAUUAAGAUCUCUGUCGGAGAAGAUAUUAUGGAGGCUCUAAUUAACUAUGCUAUACGUCGUCAAACUGACAUAGUAGUGUCGAGGGGUUUCGGUCUUGUCUGUAAUGUUACACUUCUUGACCCGGUAUCUUGUGUCCCAUUAUUACCCAUCGAAGGACCAUUACAUAUGACAUCUUUAUUUGGAACAUAUGUAAAUCCUAAUUUUGAUUGCAUUCCUCCUCAAUUCAUAGCUAAUCCACCAUGUUCAUCUUUUACCAUAUAUUUCUCUGGUAUUAAUGGACAUGUGUUUGGCGGAGUUGUUGGUGGAAAAAUUAUUGCUGCUGGGGUUAUUUUUAUUAAUGCCACUCUUGUCAAGAAAACUGCAUUCCAUAGAGCGGUUUCCAUCAAGAGAAAUGAUCGAGAAAUCGAAGAGGGUGGAUCAAUAUUUGAAGAUGGUGUCAUCAUGAAUGUGGACCAUGUAGCACACGAGUCUCACAACAACAACAACAAUAACAAUAACAACAAUAUUGUUUUUCACAUGUUUACGAGCUUCAAUAAUGAGAGCGCUAAUUCAACUCAACCAAAUCAUCAAAUGUCCCAUAACUAUCUUCAUACAGAAGAGAGUUCCAUGCCGUGGAACCACUCCGCUCACAGUGAAAAUUUCUAG